UCUGAGCUCAAAAUAUCAUAUUUCUUUCAAUCCCCGGUUUAUAAUCUCAGAUCGAAAUUUUCUGUCGGAAUAACACAUCUGGGGGGCACUUCCAUGGCGAACGCCUGGAAAAGGGACAAGAACCAGAAGCUUUUAGCACCCAAGACAUUAAUCUUUCUUCUUAUUCUGUCCAUCAUCUUCCUCUUCUCUCUCUUCUUCUUCUCUUUCUCAUCUCUUCAAAACUUCAAUCCUAAUCUUUCACUCAAUACCCAAUUCCCAAUCCCUCCUUUCGACUGCUUCAAAUGUCCUCAAUCAAAACCCAUAAUCGCAAGCGUCGUCGAGAAUCUCAAAUACCCUUUUAUCUAUUCCCUCGCCGAUCUCGGGAAUCUCCCGGAGAAACCCCACAAGAACAUCGUGAGGCUGCUUAAAGGAAAGCCCUUUCGGAAACCAGACAUUUCCGCUGCGAUUCAGGAGGUUUUGGAGAACAUGAAGGCUAAGGGCAGAGAUGGGUUCGUUGUCGAUGUGGGAGCUAAUGUUGGUAUGGCUAGCUUUGCUGCGGCGGCUAUGGGGUUUAAAGUUCUUGCUUUUGAACCUGUUUUUGAAAAUUUACAGAGGAUCUGUGAUGGGAUUUGGUUUAAUAGGGUUGCUUCUCUGGUUACUGUGUUUGAAGCUGCUGCUUCUGAUAGAAAUGGGGACAUUACCUUCCAUAAGUUGGUGGGACGGCUAGACAACAGCGCUGUCUCGGAGGUGGGUGCAAGACUUGCAUUCAAGUCCAACAAAGAAAUAGCGGUCCAAGUGAAAUCCAUACCUCUUGAUGAACUCAUCCUGCCUUCUCAACCUGUUCUUCUUAUCAAGAUCGAUGUUCAAGGUUGGGAGAACCAUGUUUUAAAGGGCGCAAAGAAGCUACUCUCGAGGAAACCCACAGAAGCUCCUUAUCUAAUCUACGAGGAAGAUGAGAGAUUGCUCAAGGCAAGCAAUAGUAGCUCCAAGGAGAUACGUGAUUUCUUAAAAAGCGUUGGAUAUAGCAAGUGUAGCCAGCAUGGCACAGAUGCGCAUUGUACCAAGGAGUAA